AUGGAGUUCCAAAAGCCCAGUCUCCCACCAAAGGCCCCUAGAACCAGCGCCUUGAAACCUUCAAAUGUGGCCAACACUCCCGACUUGGAAUUUUACGUCCAUCCUCACUUGGUGCCAGACCAGGACCCUUGCAAGGGUAGACUGCUCCGAGCCACGGGUCCCAUCCGAGAAGGCACCAUUCUCCUGGUAGACACAGCAUAUGCCAUCGUACCUUCUGUGACGUCUGAUGCCGAACCGCUCAUAUGCAGCAAUCUCUCGUGCUCUCGCCGUGUCUCGCAAAAUGGCCGUGCCGUACGCUGUGAAAACGCUUGUUUCAAAGACGUUGUUUGGUGCAAUAUCGCCUGCCGAGCCGCCGACAAGCUCCGGCAUGACUUUGAGUGUGCCUGGUUAAAGAGGAACGUCAACAGCAUGCGUCGCAAAGAAAGCGAGUACAAUUUUGCUACUCUCUGGCAUGUCGUUCGUCUGCUCGCCACGUGGAACGCCGAGUUGCACAGCGGCAAUGCUGUCACACAACAUCGGUACCCCUGGGAAGCUCACUUUUUGCGUGGCUGGAAAGCCGUGGACAUGUGCUGUGCGUACCUUGAUUCGUGGCCAGAAGAACAGAUAACGCACUGGAAACGACUGGUCAAUGAGUAUCUGAGUGAUGCCUCUGUUCUGCCGUGUAUGUUAACUGCCGACGAGAUGCUCCUACUGCUGUGCAAGGAAGAAACCAACACAUUUGGCCUUUACCCGAAAGCGACCGGUUCUCAAUCAAUGAACGACAAUGCUACUUCCCGUGGUGAAUCGUACGGUUUCGCCCUGUAUCCCAGGGCCGCCCAAUUCAACCAUUCAUGCUUGCCCAAUGUAUCACACAAACCCGAGGGCCAAGCCAGGAUGGUAUACACAGCUGCGCGAGACAUAUCCAAGGGUGAAGAGUGCAUGAUCACCUACUUUGAUCUUGUGAGGCAGAAGGAUGUAUCAAGUAGACAGAAAUAUGCCCAAACACAGUUUCAGUUCAAGUGUACCUGCAAUCGAUGUUUGGAAGAGGAGGCUGAGGAAAAUAUGGAUAUCAUGGAUUCAUUACCAUUCGGGUUCUAA